CAUACAUGUACCUAAAAAUAUUCCUAUUAUCUUGCUCUACUUUAUAGCCCUGACAACUCCCUUUUACGUACUUUAAUCAUUUUGCAUCUCACUUUCUUGAUCACCCUUUCUCAAAACCACAGAGAUCUUGAUUCUGUAGACUCACUCUUGUUUCCAAGAUGCAUCAAUCUGGCGAGACCGUACGAUUCUUGAUUCACCUCUUUAACGGAAGAUGGUUCAUGGUGUUUGCAUCUUUCCUCAUCAUGGCAUGCGCUGGAGCCACUUAUCUCUUCGGGACUUACUCCAAAGACAUCAAAUCCACACUUGGUUAUGACCAGACAACGUUGAACCUGUUAGGUUUCUUUAAAGAUCUCGGGGCAAACGUAGGAGUCAUGUCAGGACUCAUAGCGGAAGUCACACCGACUUGGUUCGUUCUAAUCAUCGGCUCCGCGAUGAACUUCGUCGGUUACUUCAUGAUCUGGCUUACCGUUACAGGGAAAGUAGCGAAACCAAAAGUUUGGCAGAUGUGUCUUUACAUUUGCAUUGGAGCCAACUCUCAGAACUUUGCAAACACGGGAGCUUUGGUUACUUGUGUUAAGAACUUCCCUGAGAGCAGAGGAGUUAUGCUUGGUUUGCUCAAGGGUUACGUUGGGUUAAGUGGAGCAAUCAUGACGCAGCUUUACUUUGCUAUUUACGGUAACGAUUCAAAGUCUUUGAUUCUAUUAAUCGCUUGGUUACCUGCUGUGGUCUCCCUUGUGUUUGUGUAUUCCAUAAGAGAGAAGAAGGUCGUGAGGCAGAGGAAUGAGCUUAACGUGUUCUACAAUUUUCUCUACCUCUCUAUCUUCUUGGCGUUGUUCCUCAUGGCUAUGAACAUCGCUGAGAAGCAAGUUCAUUUCACCAAAGCCGCUUACACGGCCAGCGCUACCAUCUGUUGUGUUUUGCUAUUUGUGCCUCUUACGGUUGCGGUUAAGCAAGAGAUCGAAGUGUGGAACAUGAAGAAGUUGCCUGUGGAAGAGCCGAGCGAAGUCAAAGUUGAGAACCCCAAGAAAGAACUUGUUCAAGAAGACAAGGAGAUGAAGUCUUGUUUCUUGACGGUUUUUAAUCCACCACCAAGAGGGGAAGAUUACACAAUACUACAAGCAUUGUUAAGCCUCGACAUGAUAAUCCUAUUUGUCGCCACGUUCUGCGGUCUAGGGUCGAGCUUGACCGCUGUAGACAACCUAGGACAGAUAGGGGAAUCCCUAGGCUACCCUAACCAUACGGUUAGCUCUUUUGUGUCUCUAGUUAGCAUAUGGAACUACUUCGGUCGAGUCUUUUCCGGUUUUGUCUCGGAAUACUUGCUCGCCAAGUAUAAACUACCCCGACCACUCAUGAUGACAUUUGUCCUUUUACUAAGCUGCGUUGGACACCUUCUCAUCGCGUUCCCUGUGCCAGGCUCGGUAUACAUAGCGUCCAUUCUAAUGGGAUUCUCUUUUGGUGCGCAACUUCCUUUACUCUUUGCCAUCAUCUCGGAACUUUUCGGGCUCAAGUACUACUCUACAUUGUUCAACUGCGGACAGCUAGCUAGCCCGCUCGGGUCUUACAUCUUGAACGUUCGUGUCACGGGGAUGCUUUACGAUAGAGAGGCCUUAAAGCAGUUGAAAGCUCGAGGGCUAACGCGAAAAGAUGUAAAAGACUUGACUUGCAUAGGAAGUCAAUGUUAUAAAUUGCCGUUUGUGAUUUUGGCUGCGGUGACCUUCUUUGGAGCUCUUGUGUCUUUGGUUCUAGCGUUAAGGACGAGAAAGUUUUACAAAGGUGAUAUUUAUAAGAAGUUUAGGGAGAGUUCUGAGUCUAAUUCUGUAUUGGUAUCUGAUUCAAGAAAGUCUUGAUGAUGAGGAAUAAAUAAUUUGUUUGUUGUAAUUAUUAUGUUGAAUUAUAG